CAUUUCAGCUUUCUAUAAACAGUUGAAAUUCCAUUUCCUUAUAAACAGCAACAAUCUUAUCAAUCCUCCAUAGAAAGGAAACUAAGAAAGAGAAUAGAAAAAGAGAGAGAGAUCAGAUAUGGGUUCUCUUCCUCAUGUUGUUGAAGACUGCUUCGGCCUCCUCAAGCUCUACAGCGAUGGCUCCAUUUCUCGUAAUCCCGAAAUCCCAUGUGCAACUCCUCUUCUCAACGAUGAUUCAGUCCUGCACAAAGACCUUCUUUUCGAUGCAAACCAUAACCUUCAUCUUCGUCUAUAUAAACCCUCGUCCGCUUCUCUUACGAAGCUUCCAAUUCUAUUCUAUUUUCAUGGUGGAGGCUUUUGUUUCGGUUCCCGCUCGUUCCCACAUUUCCAUAACCUUUCGAUUCGCCUGGCGACCGCGUUUAACGUGCUUGUCAUCACGCCAGAUUACCGGUUAGCCCCCGAGCACCGGCUGCCUGCUGCCAUUGAUGAUGCAUGUUUAGCCUUGAAGUGGCUGCAGGGACAAGCCAUGCAUGGAAAUAAUGAGAAUAUGGAUACGUGGUUGACUGGUGUUGACUUUGACAGGGUCUUUGUUUUGGGUGAUUCAUCUGGAGGCAACUUGGCUCAUCAUUUGGCAGUUAGGUUCGAGGCUGGUUCGAUCGAGUUGGCACCGGUUAGGGUUCGAGGGUAUCUGCUGUUGGCUCCGUUUUUUGGUGGAAGUGUGAGAACAAUGACUGAGGAGGAGCAGCCUUGUGAAACAUUUUGGAACUUGGAGAUGUAUGACAGGUUUUGGAGGCUAUCCAUUCCAGCAGGAAAUACCUUGGAUCAUCCCUUGGUGAACCCUUUUGGACCUUGUAGCCAAAGCCUUGCAGAGGUGCCUUUGGAUCCAAUUUUGGUGGUGGUGGGUGGGGGUGAAAUAUUGAGAGAUAGGGUGGAGGAUUAUGCUAGAAGGUUGAAACACUUGGGGAAGAAGAUUGAAUUUGUGGAGUUUGAAGGAGAGCAACAUGGUUUUUUCACUGAUCAUCCGUUCUCUGAAGUUGCAGAGAAAGUAAUACAACAUAUAAGAGACUUCAUCUUAGAGAACUCGAACUGAAAGCAUGCUUAAAGUACUAAUUAAUCAUGUUAAUGAGUUUAUAUAUGUAAAUGUAAGAGGCCUUCAAGAAUAAUCCUUAUAUCAGAUGUGCUAUAUAUGAAGUAUUUUGAGCUAGCUAUAGAUGGAUGACUCCAUUCCAUAUCUUGAAAGGCAGAUAAUCGGGUCAUAAACUUCGGUUUAAACUUGUCACUUGCUUAUAUAUAGCAAUGUAUAUGUUUUUUUGUGGUGUGCAAAUUUUAGUUUAUACUAGCUAUUGCUACAAAAAAAAAUUACAUGAACUUCUGUACAAAUAUUUGAUUGCUGCAAUUGAAAAUUUAUAAUGUUUUGUCACACAUGGCAGUCUUGCAAUCACCUAAAUGUUGUUCAAAUUUUGACUUCAAUAUCUUAAAAGAAUUUGAUAAAUUAUUAUAUUAUCAUAUUAAUUAAAACCCCUUCAAAUAUCUGGUCUAAGGCUCAGAUCAGCAGCAAGAAUGAUCCAGACAAAAAGUUCAGAUAAUUAAUAAAAGGAUAGUCCAUAUGAAAGGCAGGCAAAAGCCAGUCUGAUUUCGCAUUUGUUAGC